CGGAUAAACUGGUUACAGUUCCAUCUCCUUCACCCCUCGCACCUUUGACCCCUCUCCCUUCUCCUCGAGGACGCGCGCCCAUCACUCAGCCACCGCCGCCGCCGGAGUGAUGGAUUCCCGCGGAUUCGAUUCCGCCGGCCGCAUCUUCUCCAGCGCCACAGAGAUGUGGACGGAAGAGCUCGGUUCCAGCAUCACGGCUUCCACCGCGGGGGAAGCUGAAGCCGCCCCGGCCCCCGCCGCCGCCGCCGAAGCCAGCGAGGAAGUGGGCGGAGACGGAAAACGCAAGGAGUGGUACUCCAAGGCUAUCGCCUACUGGCAAGGCGUGGAGGCGUCGACCGAGGGGGUCCUGGGAGGUUAUGGGUGUGUGAACGACGCGGAUGUCAAGGGCAGCGACGCCUUCCUCCGCCCUCUCCUCGCAGAUCGCUUCGGCACCGCGAAGCGUCAUCUGGUUGCGCUUGACUGUGGCUCGGCACGGGAAAAUCUUACUGGAUGUAUGGACCAAGGAGAAGACUCGCACAAGGCUGCCAACUUUUACUGUGUGCCUCUUCAGGACUUCACUCCUGAGGAAGGAAGAUACGAUGUGAUUUGGAUUCAGUGGUGCAUAGGGCAACUUCCUGAUGAUGAUUUCAUUUCAUUUUUUAAUCGUGCCAAGGCCGGGCUCAAACCUGAUGGUUUUUUUGUUCUGAAAGAGAACAUUGCAAGAAAUGGGUUUGUGUUAGAUAAGGUGGAUAACAGUGUCACUAGAUCAGACGCAUACUUUAGGGACCUAUUUAAAAGGAGUGGAUUAUAUAUCCUUAGUGUUAAGGACCAAAAGGAACUCCCGAAGGAACUAUUUGCUGUCAAAAUGUAUGCACUGGUGACCAGUCAACCAAAAAUCCAGAAUAGUGGAAAGAGAAGACGGCCUAGAAAUUCACCUCGUAUGAUCCGGUCUUGAAGAAUGCCCGGUACUAGGUGGCCAUUGAGCUGCUGGGCCUAUUUGGUCAUGUAUUGCCACUGGAUUGUGCUAAAAGUUGCUGGGACAUCAGUUUUUGCGGUGAUUGUUUUGUUUCUAUACAUUUUAUUUCUUUACAAGCACAAAUUUCUUUUGGGUGAGCACGUUCACAUUAUUCUGAGAUGAAUAUGCUGAAGUUCUGAAUUGGGAUGAUUGA